AUGGAUAGCAUCAGUUACCUGCAUUUUAACCACCUGGAAACCUUGGAGCCGGACACCUUUAGCGAUCUGCCCAAGCUGGAAAGACUGUUCUUGCACAACAACCGGAUUUCCCGAAUCCAGCCAGGAGCCAUCGCCCGGCUGGGAUCCCUUAAGCGCCUGCGGCUGGACUCCAACGCCUUGCGCUGUGACUGCGACCUGAUGUGGCUGGCCGAGCUGCUGAAGAGGUACGCCACGCAGGGCAGCACCCACGCGGUCGCCUCCUGCGAGAGCCCCGCGGAGCUCCAGGGCCGCUCCAUCGUCACCUUGACCACCCAGGAGUUUCACUGCGAGAGUCCUCGCAUCACUACCGAGCCACAUGACGCGGACGCCAUCCUGGGCAAUACUGUGUAUUUCAUCUGCAGGGCAGAGGGUAACCCAAAACCCAAGAUCAUCUGGCUUCACAACAGCAAUGAGAUCGACAUGACGCAUGACGGGCGCUUGAACCUUUUGCAGGACGGAACGUUAAUGAUCCAGGAUACCAGAGAAUCUGACAAGGGCAUCUAUCAGUGCAUGGCCAAGAAUAUUGCUGGCGAAGCCAAGACGCAGGAAGUCGUCCUGCGCUAUUCUGGCAACCCGUGUAAUCGCUUUAAGCAUCCUAUGCAAGUUCAGGCGUUGGGGCUUUGUCCGAGAGAUCAGAUGGCUUCUCUUUCUGUGCCUCUGUUAGCAAUGUAACGGCAUCUCCUGGAUUUCAGUGUGGGCUCUGGAGGUCCCCUUGGCCUCCAAGCUCAUGUCAGGCCACCCUCUGCAUGCAGUCAGUUCUGGCAAAUCCAUCUGGCCCUUCUCUGGCAGACUUCCAGCUGGGAAGAAAGGGAAAGAGAAGCUAGGGGGUGGCAUUUGGAGAAAAGGGCUGACCUACCCAUCUUUGGCUCUGUUUUAUGGCUUCUCCAUACCACCAAGGCUUAUCAUGCUGUCCGAACCCCGGAUCGUUGUUUCCACUGUACUGGUAUACAAAUACCAUAGAGUUCCCUGGGGGGAGUGGCAGUUGCAGGAGCCGCUCUGGCCAUCUUGCCUGUUUAUAUGGACCCAUGAGGAAGAGGCAGGCAGGGACUGGGAGUGAAUGUCAGGCGCAGU